AAGAGUCUAAUCGCUGCCGCGGCGACGUCCCUAAGUUUUACUUGAAACUGCUCCAUUCUCUUGUCAACAUUCAGUGCCAGAGGCUAUAUACGAAGCCCUGUUCCGGGACAUGCGUUGGAAACUAUUGACGGAUGAGUGUCUUAACGGGCUAAAUAAGUGUUUUUUUUUCCCUACAGCAUCGGGCAGAAAAAAGGUGUGAGGUCGACGCGGACUUGCUAUAUAAAGGUAGGACAAGACACCGAAGUCACAUACCUUGAACGAACUUUGAGGUUUACGUAUAUUCGCCACAGUGAAAUGAAGUUUUCAGUCUUUCUUCUUGUCCUCCUGGUGGUGCUUCUGGGGGUUCUCAGCGCCGCCAACCCAGCCGCUGAUCCAUUCAAGAAAAAGGGCUAUAAGAAGGUGUACAGACCCAGACCUGUGGUUUACCGCCCUGUCUACGUGCCCUACACACCAGUCAAGGUAACAUACAGCUACCAGCCGACCUACAAUCACCAGCCGAGCUACGGUCAACAGGCGAGUUACGGUCACCAGCCGAGCUACGGACACCAGCCUAGCUACGGUCACUAACGAAGCGAUGCAUCUUAAAAGGUGUUUAAAGUGUUUCUGGCUUCGAUCAGACACUGUCAGAAGAAGAAAAAUAAAGAA